AUGCCGGUCCAAGCAGUUCAACCCAGAUGUGAAUUCUGUGGUGGACCGCAUUACAGUGCCAAUUGUAAUGCGGGAGGUAUGUUUGCAUCUUCUAUGCCUACUAAUGUUUCUAACGUUGAGCAUGUUGAUUAUGUAGGUAGGCAACAAAAUGAUCCCUACAGCAAUACAUACAACCCAGGGUGGAGGAAUCAUCCUAAUUUUGGAUGGAGGAACUCCAAUAACCAAGGUCCACUAGAAUACCAGAGGUUGCAUCAGCAACAACCUAUGCAAUUUAUUCCCCAUCAACCAGGAGGUAGUCAAGAGAAGAAACCUAACUUGGAAGAGUUGAUGAUGAAGUUCAUUGCAACUUCAGAGAAUGAUUUCAAAGAACGCUGCCUUCGGAAUCAACAAGCUUCAAUUCAGAACUUAGAAACUCAAAUUGGGCAGUUGUCUAGGAUGAUGGCUAAGAGGCAGCCAUGCACGCUUCCAAGUAACACAGAGUCUAAUCCAAGGGAGCAUGCCAAAGCAAUUACUUUGAGAUCAGGUAAGAAACUUACUAGUUCAUCUAAGCCUUUCGCUAAUAAUGAUUCUAAUGUGCAGGUGGAUGAGUCGAAAAAGAAAGACAAGCCUGAAGAGAAAGAAAAGGGAGCAGUUGAAGAGAAGGAGGAUUCGAAGAAGAUUCCCUUGAGGCCAUACCAACCUCCCAUUCCAUAUCCUGCAAAACUCAAGCAGGAUAAAGUUGAUCAGCAAUUUGCAUUAGCUGAUUUGGGAGCUAGCAUCAAUUUGAUGCCUAGUUCAUUGUUUGAGGAGUUAGGACUAAGCACUUCUAAGCUAACUCCUACCAGGAUGAGUAUACAACUAGUAGAUAGAACUGUUAAGUACCCGAAAGGGAUUAUAGAAGAUGUGCUAGUUAAAGUUAACAAAUUUAUAUUUCCUGUGGAUUUUGUUGUCAUGGAUAUGAAUGGUGAGAGUGAUGUCCCAUUGAUCCUAGGUAGACCAUUUUUAGCUACAUCUAAAGCUUUGAUAUAUGUUAGUAGCGGAAAGCUGGAACUUAAAGUAGAUGAUGAGAGCAUUACAUUUGAUUUGACUAAAUCCUUGAGAUACCCAUAUGAGCAUGAUGGUGCAUCAUUCGAUUGA